AUGGCCCCCAUGCCCUCAAAGAGCGAUAGCCUACAAAUAAUAAACGCAGGCCUCUUCCGCACCGCCACAAAAUCAAUGGCCCUUGCAUACCAAAUACUAGGCUUCAAAACCCACCACGGCCUCCUCGAAAAAGUGACCGAAACGCCCUGGAUCCAACUAGAACAAGCCGCGGAGGCAACCUGGCCGAACGCGCCAGGUACCCGACCUAGAAAACCCUACACCCGUGGCGACUGGAGCGCACUGUGGGGCGGAUAUGAUGCCGUGACGGACCUGGCAUCUCCUUUCGCGUUGGAACUCAUCAAAGCAUACCCAGAAGCCAAAGUCGUCAUCGUCCAACGCGACUUCGAUAGCUGGUGGCCGAGCUUCAAGGCCGAGAUCCUCGACCGCGUGAUGCUUCAGCCUAUGGCAACUAUUAAUGGGUUCCUGGGGUUACACUUAAUGGGUAUUCCGGCCGUGCAGGCAAUGCGGAAGAUUCAUUUUGGAUUUUUCGGAGCGCAAAGUCGGGCUGAGAUCCUGAAUAAUGCGAAGGAUGUGUACGAAGAGUAUUAUGCUGAUGUGAGGGCUGCGGUGCCGGCGGAGCAGAGGCUUGAAUAUAGAGUUGGCGAUGGGUGGGAGCCGCUGUGUGAGUUUUUGAAGGUAGAUAUUCCUGAUAUGCCGUUUCCUAGAGAAAAUGAUGCUGGGGAGCAUGAUGGGGAGGCGAAGGCAAGGACAAGGUUGAUUUGGGCUAAUGGGCUUAAGGUGGUGGUGCCUAUUUUGGUGCUUGGCUUGGCCGUUAGGAUUGCGUUUAAACGAUCCUAG